UUUGUGUGUUGUUUGUGUGUGUUUGUUUGUUUGUGUGUUUGUGUGUGUUUGUGUGUGUGUUUGUGUGUUUGUGUGUGUUUGUGUGUGUUUGUGUGUGUGUGUUUGUUAGUGAACUGAGCCCUCUGACGUCAGUCUUUGGUGCAGACAGCGCCACAGUGCUUCAUUAAUGGAUGAAAAUAAUGCACAGAAAACAUUUGGACAACCGAUCGAGUUAUUGAUUUGUUUCUUCUUUGUCAAACUGUGUUAUUGUAGGUGAGUGCAGUCGUAACCAAGUUUAGAUUGAGGUAUUUCUCCUCUAGGUGGCGCCACAGUUACAUGGUUAAAUGGCCGACACACGAAGGUCUUCAGUCUGACUCAAUUGAAAGUUUAUCCUCCUGCAAAGCAAAAAAACAUUCCUCACGCUCUUCUACUGGAAGAAAGAUUCAGCUUUUCGUCAGGCUACUCGCUGAAAGUCUUUCAUUUUGUCCUCCAGACUUCCUGCGUGACCCUGUGAUCAGUCAUGGACGUCUCCGACCCGCAGACGCUCGGCUUCGUGGUGUUUGGAGGCUUCAUGAUCAUCUCGGCGGUGGGCAUCGCCCUCGUCUCCACGCUCUCCAUGAAAGAGACGUCGUACGAGGAGGCGCUGGCCACGCAGCGCCGCCAGCUUGUCCGAACACAGACCCAGAGAGCAGAGAAGAAGAAGAAGGACAAGACCCUGGAGAAGAAGAACAAAGCCAAGAAGAAGGAGGACCGGCCCGACGGGAAGCUCUCAGAACCUGGUAGUGAUGGUGGCGAGGAGCCUGAGGUGGUGACUUGUACUGAACCAGAAUCUGACCCAGAACCUGCUGCUGAGCCUGCCGCUGCCCCUGAACCCAAACCAACACCUGAACCAGAACCCGCUAUGGUUACCGCCACCACCAUCGAGUCUCCUCCAGCCCCCUCACCGAAGGAGAAGAAGAAGAAGAAGUCAGCCAAGGCGGCGCCAGCUGCUGUGGUGGAAACCGUUGCUAAGGAAGUUCUGGUCAUGGCCAUGGCGCCGGUGGUCGAUGUUUCUCCGGUGAACGUUGCCACUGAAGUCACCAAAGAACUGUCUGCUACCAAAACUGAAGAACCCAAAGAGACCUCGAGCAAGAAGAAGAAGUCCAAGAACAAACCUGAGCCAGUGACUGACUCUGCCGACUCGUCCCUGCUGCCGCGCGGCGAGCUGCUGUCCGCCGUGUCCAACAUGACGCUCAGCGACGACGAGAUGCACAAACUCAUGGAGGUCCUGAACCAGAAGGCUGGUGUCCGCCAGGACUCCUGGCAGCUGGCCUGUCAGAAAGGAGACCCGCUGUCUGCUCUGAAGAAACAGCUGGAGGAGAAAGAGAAGCUGCUGACCACCGAGCAGAAGGACGCCGCCACCGCCAAGAGCCGCCUCCGAGAGCUCAGCAAGGAACUUGGUGCAGAGAAAUCCAAGAUGGCGUCUUUGGAGGCUGGUCUGAAGGCGGAGCUGAGUUCUCGGGUUCAGGAGGUCGAUGCCCUGCAGGCCAGAAUGCAGACUGCUGACCAGGAACACCUGAAACAAACCCAGCAGCUCAACCAGAAGAUCUGGAGUCUGCAGGAACAGCUGGAGAACGGCCCCAAUGCUCAGCUGGCCCGACUGCAGCAGGAGAACUCCAUCCUCCGAGACGCCCUGAACCAGGCAACCAGCCAGGCCGAGAGCAGGCAGAAUGCGGAGCUGGCCCGUCUCAGGCAGGACUGUGUCCGUCUGGGUCGGGAGUUGACCGAGCGUACCGACGCUCUGCGGGGCAACGAGGAGCACAGGAAGAGCCUGGAGGCCAAGAUGGCUGCCGCCGAGCAAGAACUGGCUCAAGCCCAGCUGGUCCACGCAGACACUGAGCGAACUCUGCAGCAGCGACUGGAAGAAGUGUGUUCGGAGCUGAAAAUGUCGCAGCAGAAAGCUGCUGCUGUUAGCGAGCUGCAGGGGGCGCUGGCGUCCAGAGAGGCUGAGCUGCAGGAGCUCAAGGUCCAGCUGGAGAGCCAGGCUGCAGUCCAGGCGGACGGAUCGUCUGACGUGGAGCAGCUGAAGAACUGCGUGCAGCGCAGAGACGAGCAGGUCGUCGCUCUGGAGGCGGAGCUCACUCGGAUGAGGGAGGAGCUACAGGUGCUGACAUCAUCACAGUCACAGAGAGUGAAGGAAGAUGAAGCGGAAGCAGCAGCUGGUGAUCAGACGCAGAAAGACGGAUCAGGAAGUGAAACAGAGUCUGAACAGCCGUUUGAAAGUCUGGAGGAAGACUCUCGGCUGCUGCGUCUGGAGGAAGAGCUGCAGCAGCUCAGAGAGGAGCUGCAUCGGGCUCGCAGCCGCGGCGACGAGCUGCAGGAGAAAAUGGCGGCUUCGGCGGCGGCGGCUUCGGCGGCGGAGCGUCUGAGCGAGCAGAGGGAGGCGGAGCUCAGAGCAGCUCUGGCUGAAGCAGAGUCCCUGCGUUUGGACUUCCAGGCGUCGCUGCAGGUUCUGUUUCCCGGCGUCUCCGUGGAGGCGGAGCAGUUUGCUGAGCUGCAGUCGAGGCUGAAGGAGGUGCAGGAGCUGCAGGCAGAGUUCGACCACAGCACGAAGCUGCUGCAGGAAACGGAGGCGGAGCUUCAGGCUCUGCAGCGACGCUCUGAAGACGAAGAAAACAUCUGGAAGAACAAACUGUCUGAAGCCGAACAGCAGAAACAAACGGUCCUGGAUCAGCUGACGCAGCUGGAGGACGAAGUUCAGUCGAAGAGGACGGAGACAGAAAACACUCAGCAGCUGAAGGAGCAGCUGAUGCUGCUGGAGGCUCAGCUGGAGAAACAGCUGGAGGACGCCAGUUUCAGCCAGAGCUGCAGCGAGGAGCUCGCUCAGGUGCAGUCUCGGCUGCAGCAGAUGUCCGUCAGGCUGCAGUCGGAGCAGGAGCAGCGACAGCAGCUGGACAGAGAGCUGCAGCAGGCUCGACAGGAAGUGUUGGCGCUGCAGCGGCAGACGGAGGCUGAUCAGAGAUCUGCUGCUCUGCUCAAGGAGGCGACAGCGGAGGAGAAGGAGGAGACGACGGUGUGAAACAACACCGCUCACACACUUCACUUCCUUCAUGUCUUGUUACCGUGGUUACAUGUAGUGAUAUCUUGAACCUUGAAACGAUGAAAGCGACCCGAGUUCAGUGUGUUUCCACAGUGAAGCUCUUUAGUGUGUUUGUUUCACUGCUGCUGCUCACUGAGACACUUCAGGACAAAUAAACUCUCUAAAAGUCUGA